AUGUCAGAUGAAAAAAUUACACGUACAGCUUCGCCCUCUUCAGAACCAUCUCCUCGUAGCAGAAUUCCUAUCCUAUUGCAAUGCAUUACAAUCGCUUUAAGUUUGGUUGCUGCUGUAGAAUACUUCAAAUAUAGUACGAAGAUUAAUUAUGAAUGGUUCCAUUGUACUCCAAUUAUGGAGCCGGUUGGUACCAAUACCUCCGUGUUGAAAAUAUGGGCCCGUGGGGGUCCAAGUUGUGAUAAAAGAGGUGAAUAUAAGACCAUUAUGAAGAGAAUUACCAGAGAUUAUGAGCCAAAUAAUCAACAUUUGAAAUUUUGUAUGAUAGAAAAUGUCAAUAUAGGUCCAAUUCACUACCCAUUGGGCGAACCAAAGGGUGAACCAGGUUACGUCGCCUAUGUUGGUUAUAAUGAAGAUGAAGAUCUGGUUCAAACAAUGUGUAAGGAAUCUACCAUCUUUAAUAUGUAA